AUGGCUUCUGCUAAGAAAGGUGCUACUUUAUUCAAAACUAGAUGUCUACAAUGCCACACCGUCGAAGAGGGUGGUGCUAACAAGGUCGGUCCAAAUUUGCAUGGUGUUUUCGGUCGUGUUUCCGGUACUCAUCCUGGUUUCUCCUACUCUGACGUUGUGUCCAAGAAGGCUGUCACCUGGGAUGAAACAACUUUAGAUGCUUGGUUAACUAAUCCAAAGAAAUAUAUUAAAGGUAACAAAAUGUCCUUUGCAGGUCUUAAGAAAGAAAAGGAUAGAGCUGAUUUAUUAGCUUAUUUGAAGGAUGCUACUAAAUAA